GGGCGGGCGCGCGCUCCCCACAUGUGACUGGCACGCGCCCGCAGCUAGCGGCGAUCCCCCCCCGAUCCGGCACACGUGACCCGUGCUGCGGGGGGAGGAGGAGGAGGGAAACACCGGAAUCCCCGGCGGCCUCAGGAACCGUUCCAAGUCAUUGUACAAAGAGCAGACCGUCAAAUUAAGAUGAACAUACUGAGACUAUGGCUCAAAACAUCUGUCAUGCGUUAGACUGCUGGCUCAGCUGCAAAUGACUCCUCUGGCAACCCGGGAUCUCCUUCCGACAUGUAAAGAGCAGAGCCCGUCUCCUGUGCCUUACCCCUGGCUGCCUCUCUGCUGCAAGUCCACAGCUUUUGUCAAGGUUUUCUAAUACCUCUGCUGUAUCGAAUUCCUUUUGAAGUUUCACUGCAUGGAGAAAAGUGAUGACACAUCUCGUUUACUGGCUUGGGUGGGAAACCAGUACGAACUCACUGCUUACUGAACCUUAAACUGGAAUACUGAUCUACACGUUGCUUUCCUCCGUUUGGAUUUUUGCCCCUUCCCCCCCCCCGCACCAAUCCCUAGAGCGAAACAUGGCCAUCGCUAAAGGCCGCUACCUGCUCCUCUUCCUCUGCGUCCAACUGGUGGUCAUGGCUUUGCUGUACAGGGAGGGUUACCGGAAGAGAGUGGCAUACUUCUUUGGCAUUUUUUACAAGAAUGAACCCCAAUCUAUGGCGAUGUUGAACCCCCAAAACCUCACUCUUCCUGGUGACGUAUAUGCCAACUUAAGUUUGAUCGCCAAGCCGCCGGUGCGGGUCGAACUGCUGCCAUAUUGCCCAGAGACCUCUCCAUUCAUUGGAGGACCCAUCCGGGUACAGCUGCCAGAGACCCUGACACUGGAAGAUGUGGUGCGCAAGAACCCUUAUGUGACCAAAGGAGGCCGCUACAAGCCGCCUGACUGCGAGUCCACCCAUAAAACUGCCGUCAUAAUCCCUCAUCGCAACAGGGAGCAGCACCUCAAGUAUCUGUUGUAUUAUUUGCAUCCGUUCCUGCAGAGGCAGCAGCUGGACUACGGGAUUUACAUCAUCCAUCAGGCAGGGAAUGCCACUUUCAAUCGAGCUAAAUUGCUGAACGUAGGCUUCAAAGAAGCCAUGAAGGAUGAGGAUUGGAACUGCCUAUUCUAUCACGAUGUGGACCUCAUCCCGGAGGACGAUCGCAACUUAUACACCUGUGACAAGUUCCCCAAGCAUGCAUCCAUCGCCAUGGAUAAGUUUGGAUACAAGCUGCCUUACAAAUCCUACUUUGGGGGAGUCUCAGCCCUCACCCCAGAGCAGUACAUGAAGAUGAACGGCUUCCCGAAUAACUACUGGGGGUGGGGAGGCGAGGACGAUGACAUUGCAGUGAGAGUUGCGCUGAGCGGCAUGUUGAUAUCUCGGCCCGCAGUCAGACACGGGAGAUAUAAAAUGAUAAAGCACGGGCAUGACAGAGGAAACGAACAAAACCCAAAACGGUUCAACCUCCUGGCGAAAACUCGGCGAACAUGGCGACAAGACGGCAUGAACUCUUUGCGGUAUAAUCUAUUAGCCAGGGAGCUCCUCCCUCUCUACACAAAUAUCACAGUAGACAUUGGCUCAGAAAAAGGGUUUAAGCCCCUGACGUGAGACCAGACUCCUUCUUACCAGCUGUGGCCUAUUUACCAGAACUCCCUCGCUCUGUAACGGAAGGAGGCGGGGGAUCGCGUCUGGCGGACAAUACGUUGUGAUAAAUAAUUUACGUUUUCCCCCUCUCUACCUAUCUCAAGAACUUCAAAACCAAAGAUUGGAUACAGCGUUCGCCAGUCAAUCGUAUAGUGACUUGUCCUUGUCUGCUACCCCAUUAGAGAUCAGUAUAUACUGUACAAGAAGGGGAUAGCCUGUCCCCCCACUAUCCACCGCAAAGGAUCGCCGCCUAACGCAGAAGACGCAUGUAAAUUGCUGAGGAUCAUUUCUGUGGUGCUGUGACUUACUACAGUGUUCUAGGUCCAUCAACUCAACGUUCUACUCUUCCUGGAAGUGCAAUUUCUGCCUUUUUUUUUUUUUUUUUUGGAAACCCCGGAUGGUUUUUCUCUUUACUCUCUUUAGGGUUUAUCGCUCUUUUAAUAUAGAUUGUACCAUAAUAAGUGCAGUUUGGAUUUUUUUUCGCCAUUUGUAUUUUUCUACAACUUGGUAACGUUUUCCCGUUCAGUUUCCCCAUGGGCUGAUUGGAUCAGAAUGGACAUGUGACUCUCCAGGCGGACUGACGCUCGGACUUGGAGUCUCAGAAUCCAAUAGUUUCCGCAUCAGUCACUUGUGAUCCCCACAUUGGUUUCCUUUUAAGUUUUUAUCGGAGCUCUGCACAUUUGUUUUGUUUUUGUCACUUUUUCUUACAUUGAUCUUUUUGGCUUUGAGCUGAGGGAACACUUAUGAAAAGUAAUGACCAGACACUUGAAUGCAAAGGAACUAUAACCAGUAUUAACUUUAAAUCCAAAGUGCCUUUUUAAUGCCAAGAUAAUGUGUGGGGAAUGUGACUAUAUAUUGUUUUCUCUUUUAUUUAAAAGGAAGAAUAAUCAAACCAUGAACAGUUACGAAAAUGACACAUUGAAUGAAUUUUCUAGUUUUCAGUCGACCUUUUUUUUUUUUUCUCUCGAAAUGUGAAAAUAUUAUCAAGCAUUUCUGAUAUAAAUAAAUAGAUAUAUACUUGCA